CCACGCCUCCCACCACGCCUCCCACCACGCCUCCCACCACGCCUCCGUGCACUACAACCACUAUACAUCGCAAUGAACAUCCCCGGCGAACGCUUCUCAAUCGAGGACCUCCUCGCCUCCGACGACGAGGACCACGACCUCCCGCCCGCGCCACCACUAGAAAACUUCAUCAAAGACAUUAUCGAGCAGCCGACGACCAGCGCACCCACGGCACCCGUCGCGCCCUCUCUCUCCAACAAGACCGGGUUCCCGGAGCACAGAAAGCGGAUCCCAAAGAACGCAUCGCGGUUCCGGCAGCAGCGCGAGCAAACCCAGCAGCCACAGCAGCCGCAGCAGAAAACGGAGAGGCAGCAGAUCAGUGAUGAUAAUGAGGCGCGGCUGGCUCGGAUGAAGCCUGAGGAGAUCGAGGAGGAGCGUAGGGAGUUGCUGGAGAAAUAUAGUCCGGGCCUGAUAGAGACGCUGUUGAAGAGGGCUAGGGUGGAGGAUCCGGGGUUUGAAAUCAAACGGAAGGGGAGGACAGAGGUUACUAGGGACGUAGUGAAGGAGGAGGAGGAGAAUGUGGUAGAGGAGGAGACGCUGGGGAAAGAGGAAGAGCCACGGAAGGUGGUGGGUAUCCGUCCAGAUCCCAUACCGAAGCCGUACAAGCGACCUACAGUCACCGAGGAUGACGCCAACGAGACCUACCGCGACCCAACGUACGAUCCCGACGACGCUGCACCUCCCGUCUACGACCCAGCUCUCUUCCCCCCAAAGGGGUCUUACCACUUCCCUCGCGCGCCCCAGGCCGACACAGAAACGUUGGACCCAACCUCCCCCGACUUCCUGCAAUCCCUCCACACCAAAUACUUCCCGGACCUCCCCUCAGAUCCCAGUAAGCUCGCAUGGAUGGCGCCUCCCUCGGAGAACGAGGAUCUCACCUACCACCCAUCGCAGAACGAGCUCGUGCCCUCGGCCCUCCGGUUCGAUUUCAAAGGCGAGCUGUUGCCACCACGGAAGGCGCGGGAGCUACCUGGACACCUCGGACUGCACCACCACGCGGACGCACCGAAUGCUGCGGGCUACACCAUUCCCGAGCUUGCGAGGCUGGCUAGGAGUACCUUCCCGACGCAGCGCUGUGUCGCGAUGCAGACCCUCGGAAGAGUCAUGUUUAAACUUGGCACUGGCGUGUACAAGAACUCGGAGAUCGAGAAUGGUCUCUGGAGGUGUAUUGAGGAGGGUAGGGUGCUGGCGGGACUGGAGGAGGCGGUGAAUAUGAAGGGGGGCCAUUUGAGUGUCAAGGCGCAUGCGACAGAUGCGUUGUGGCUUUGGCAGAAAGGAGGGGGAAAGAGGAUGAAGGCCGAGUAGUGGGGAGAUGCUUGGGGGGUUUCUGUUUGAUCAUCAAGUGCAUGUGACUCGUUUAGAUCAUAGCAAUGUACACAGAUGCUCGAGGUUUAAGCUCAUACGAAACAAUGACACUCUAAGCCGAGUGAUGAAUCGAUG